UAACUCACAAGAAUUUGCAUCAUGAACUUUUUAUUCAACUGGCUGUGUACGAUUUGGCUAACUUUGCUAGUUGUAGCUACCGUUUUGCUAUUUAUAUUCGUUUAUUAGAUUUAAUCUUAAAUGCGACGUAACUGAAAGUGAAUUUGUUUAAAAACAUCUUGUGUCUAUUUUAAUAAUGAUUUAAAAUUUAAAAAAUGAAUAUUUUUAUCAAAUAAAAAUGUGCAAAGUUUUACAUUAUAUUUAAAAAAGCAAAUAAUGAAAAAUUCUAAAAGAGGAAAAUAAUUUUUUCAAAUAAUUAUUUACAAUUCUUUUAAAUAUUUCGAGACGAUUCGAAGAAAAGGAUAUAAGAGGCCGACGACCGUUUCUGCAUUGCGUCAUUAAGUUUUAAUCGUUCAAAGAAACGGUCUCAUCUUCUGUGUAAUCGUGUCGUGAAAAAUUUUGUGUUUAAUUAUUUUACAAGUUACAUAAUAGCAUUAAUAAACUUUAUUACUUUUAUAUAAUUAAAAUGCGAGAGUGCAUAUCUAUUCAUGUUGGACAAGCUGGAGUCCAAAUUGGAAAUGCUUGUUGGGAACUCUAUUGUUUGGAACAUGGAAUACAACCGGAUGGACAAAUGCCAUCUGAUAAAACAUUUGGCGGUGAUGAUAGUUUUAGUACUUUUUUCAACGAAACUAGUUCUGGCAAACAUGUACCUAGAGCAGUAUUCGUCGAUUUGGAACCUACAGUAGUUGACGAAGUUCGAACUGGAAUAUAUAAGCAUCUUUUCCAUCCAGAACAAUUGAUCACUGGCAAAGAAGAUGCAGCAAAUAAUUAUGCUCGUGGUCACUACACAAUUGGCAAAGAAAUUGUCGAUUUAGUCAUUGACCGUGUACGUAAACUAGCAGAUCAAUGUACCGGUUUACAGGGAUUUCUUAUUUUUCAUUCAUUCGGUGGUGGUACUGGAUCGGGAUUCGCUUCUUUAUUAAUGGAACGUCUUUCUGUUGAAUAUGGAAAAAAAUCUAAAUUAGAAUUUGCUAUAUACCCGGCUCCACGAGUUUCUACAGCUGUUGUUGAACCAUAUAAUUCCAUUCUUACUACUCAUACGACUCUCGAGCAUUCAGACUGCGCUUUUAUGGUCGACAACGAAGCAAUUUAUGACAUUUGCCGACGCAAUCUUGAUAUCGAAAGACCAACUUAUACUAAUCUUAAUAGACUGAUCGGACAGAUUGUUUCUUCAAUAACAGCGUCGUUGCGAUUUGAUGGUGCUUUAAAUGUAGAUUUAACCGAGUUUCAGACAAACUUAGUUCCUUACCCAAGAAUUCAUUUUCCUUUGGUUACUUAUGCUCCUGUAAUAUCCGCUGAAAAAGCAUAUCACGAGCAACUUUCGGUCGCAGAAAUCACUAACGCAUGCUUCGAACCAGCUAAUCAAAUGGUCAAGUGUGAUCCAAGACACGGAAAAUAUAUGGCUUGCUGUAUGCUGUAUAGAGGGGAUGUCGUCCCAAAGGACGUGAAUGCAGCGAUCGCCACUAUUAAAACAAAACGAACAAUACAAUUUGUUGACUGGUGCCCAACUGGAUUCAAAGUCGGUAUAAAUUAUCAACCACCAACAGUUGUACCGGGUGGAGAUUUAGCUAAAGUACAACGAGCUGUUUGCAUGUUGUCUAAUACAACAGCUAUUGCUGAAGCUUGGGCUCGACUUGAUCAUAAGUUUGAUCUUAUGUACGCUAAAAGAGCUUUUGUUCAUUGGUACGUUGGCGAGGGUAUGGAAGAAGGUGAAUUUUCUGAAGCUCGUGAAGAUCUUGCAGCUCUUGAAAAGGACUAUGAAGAGGUUGGCUUAGAUUCGACUGAUGUAGAGACAGAUGCUAUUGACGAAUACUAAAUUGAACUCAUUUUCUAUAUAUUAUUUAAUUUAAUUAAUUUUCUAUCCAAUUUUUCUCUAAUAUCCAAUUUAGAGUCUUUUUUGCUUAGAGUCUUUUCUUCUUCUCCUCUAUUUUAUCUUGCAAGUGAUAAAUACUUUUUUAUUACAACACUUAUAAUCGAAUUAAACUUACUAUUAAAACAUAUCAAAUAUAUGGAUAUAGUAUAAUGAUGAUAUGUUAUAAGAAUGACAUUAAAAAAGAUUGUACAAUAAACAGAAUUUGAAUUAGGAAGUGAUAUGAGAAAGGAUAUGGAUAUAACGGGAAUAGAAAAAUCAAAUAUCUAUACAAUCAAAAUAUUGUAUAAUAAGACAAGGAAUUCUUUUCACAUCUUUUCUCGUCAAUUAGAGACGUACUUCUUUUGUCUUGUUUUAUUGCAUUACACAAACGGGGCUGGGGAGGCAAAAUUAAAUAGCGGAUUAAAUAGUUCAGCGCGACGCUUUAACAAAUUAAAAACGUAAAAACAUUAACAGUACAAUAUAGUUUCUUAUUGUAGACGUAAUGCGAUGGCAGUCUUGAGUCCUGGAAAGAUGCUGUGAUUGUUGCAUGAUUAUUUCAAUUUUCAAAUUUCUAUAUUCUAUUUCCUAUUUUCUAUUUUCAUUCGUUUCCGGUAUAUGCAUUUUUGACUCGCUUUACGAUCUUCGACUCUUCUCUGUCUCGCGGAUUAAUUCUUCAUUCGAUAAUUGUUCUUUUAUUUGCGAUAAGCUUUUGCUCCUGGCAGUGUCUGGAAAUAGAAAGCGGAAACAAAAAUCUUUCAUAAAGUACAACUAUUUCUACUCAUGAUGCAAUAAAACGCAACAGACGUAUGACUUUCGAAAACGAACAAACGAAAAAAAAAAAAAACUACAUAAGUAUUCUAAAUAAUAACGUGUGAUUGUAUAAAUAUUAUUAUAGCAAUCAUUGCGACUAUAAGAUAUGAUAUCUAUUGCUGCAACUAUGCGAAUUACAUUAGCGCCAACAGCUCUUCUACUCUAAUAAAAAAAAAAAAAAAAAAAAAAAGAAAAA